CCCGCGCGUAUUGCCCGGCCGCCCGGCGGCGCAUCCGAACGAACGAACGCUAACCGCACGCGACCGUGUUUACGAACGCACCUUUACCAUUUUCAAAUUUCGAACGACUUAUUCCAUAUUUGAAUUUUUAGUGCAGUGCCUGAGUUUGGAUUAUUUAUUCGUGAUUUGAAGGCAACCUUGGUGAGCAUCGGAUCUGCAAAGCAAGAAUAAGCUGUGAUCUCACUAGUCCGGGCCGUGCCGCCUGCAUGGUAAACAACUGAUUCUAAAUGGCUGAGAACGGGUUCGGACCGAUGGCCGGGCACGUCGGCAGGAUACCGAACUUCGGGAAAACUCAAGUCAAUCCCAUGGGCCAUAAUGAACCUCCAGCAUGCAUACAAAACGCGAUGAUGACGAAGGAUAAGAAGCCGUUCACCUACACGCCAGGAGGAUUGGACCUGUCCCAGAUACGCACUCCUAGCAUGGCCAGAAGGCUCGCAAGGCAAAGGUCACAAGAGGAGCAUGAACAGGCCUAUGCUCAGCAAAAUUAUGCGCCACAAACCAACGGCGGUGGUGGUGGCUACCAAUCACAGGGGGUCCCGAACCCUCCUCCUCCCCCGCCGCCUGGUGUUCCCGCUCCACCCCCGCCUCCUCCUCUGGUUAUCGAAAUCCCUAAAUCAAAAUCCCCGAAGCCUGUACCAUUAGGAGAACGACCAGAAAUCGUCAUCCCUGAAAAUCCAAUUGGGAUGCUUCGGAAAACCAAUAGCCCGUAUCAUUGGGAAGCAGAAAAGGCAGACGCCCUGCGAAUGGGUCCCGUGCCGAAGUUUGUAGAAAAAGUCCCGAGCCCCUUGACGGUCCAAAUGCCUCCUUCCUCGUUCUCCAACCAAGCACCUCAGUAUACUCCACCAUCUCAAAAUACAAACUAUUCAUACAACAACCAGGGCAGGCAACCAGAAAGCCCGCUUCACAAACCAGAAGCAUUGUAUGCUCACCAGAAAUCAAAUUCUCCAAGUGUGAAAACGCCUACAAUAGAACUGUUACAAAGGCAGGAUUCACAGUUCAACAAAAGCCCGCAACCCUUCGGAGGACAGUCGCCUAUUAGUAACGGUUCUCCGUAUUCUCCUAGCCCUAACAAUAAUUGGAGGCAGCCGGAGAGAAGAGAAUCUCCCGCCCAAAAUGCGAGCAAUAGUCCUCAGUCUCCACAUGUAAACCGCAGUCCUUUCACACCGAACCAGCAAUACUCUCCCAACUUCCAAAACCAAAGUCCCCCAGUUAAUUCUAGUCCCGUGUAUCAUACUCUACCUCGAGUUGGCCAAAAGAACCAGGAGGUUAACAAUGUCCAAAACAAUCAAUACCAACAAUCAAACGCUGAUUCCGAUCCCACACCGUGGAGAACCAAUACGCUCAAUAGGCAUCCAAGAGAGCCAGAGCGCCAAAAUAAUGUUUAUAAUAAUAAUAACCAAAAUGAAAAUCAACAGGCGUACAGUCCUCCAUGGAAGACUAAUGAAGCGAAUAACAAUGAAAGCGCAUACACACCUCCGUGGCUUCAAGCACGGAAUCAAAACACGAAUCAACAGCAGUACACACCGCCAUGGGUAACAUCACAAGAUUCCAACAACAAUGGACCACAAGAAAGCUACAAUGCACCCUGGAGGUCUUCAGAUAAUAAUAAUAACAGAGCCGCACAAUCUCCACCAAAACCUGCGCAACCCCAAGAACAACCCCGUUAUCAGUCGUCUAUGUCGAUCCCAGUAACACCGAGGCGGCAAAAUCCACCAGCCGACUACAAUAAUACUCCCCCGCAGAAAGAAGUAGUGUAUGUUAACCAGGAGCCUGUAUACUUCUGUCCAGAAAGUCCGAAGUCGAUACCUCCUUGGGUCAAGUCACAGAAAGAAAAGACGAAAACCCCUCCGCCCGAAUGGGUCCAGCGUCCACUGGACAGCAGAAAAAGCGCCACUAGGGACUUGGUGACACCACCAAGGGAAACCACAAAUCAGGAGCCAGAAUGGGUGAAAAAGAGUAACGAAAUGCAGAGAGGUAUCCGCGAUGUCAUUAGUCCGCCUAAAUACCAACAGACCGCUCAGCCGUCGUGGUCAACUCGUCCUUCAGAGAAUAGGAAAAGCGUGCCUAAGGAAGCACCUGGAUCCCCCGGUAACAGGGUUAUUCCGAUUCAAAUGGAGGUAUCAAGUACAGAUACAAGGGAUCAAGGUAGACAGGGUCAAGCUCCGCACUUGAGGAUCACAAUCGGUAUGAACCCGAAUGGUCCGAAUGCGCAGGCUCAGUCGGCCUCGUACUCGCAGCCCACUCAGCGCAUCAUGCGAGUGCUGUCGCCGCAGCUGGUGAGGAUGGACGAAGGACAGUCUCAGCAUGAGCUGCCGACUUUAAGCCGACACUUGACGAGCAAUCAAGAUAAUCAGCCUAAAACGCGGAUAAUCCCUAUUCAAAUUGAAGGUGCAAGUAAUGGAGCUAACAAAAGGGUGUUCUACCACAAGUUCACGCAAGAAGCACCUCCCCGGCAGUCCAAGGCGUUCAGGGUGCUCCAGGUGAUCACGGGCACCCAGGACUCCGACCGCAUACAGAACAUGGAGACCCAGCAUGGGUUCACUGACCUAUAGCGAUGUACUUCGUUUAUCCCACGCUAGUCGUCUAAUUCUAUAACCUUCUGUGACUGUCAACAUUUUUUUGUAUAAUUAUUAACUUUGAUAUACUAUACAUGUUUAAAGUCCAACAUCUUAUAUUAGGAUCCUUAUCAAACACAGAUGAAAUGUUCUUAAGCAGCGUCGGCGUUUAGUCAGCUCUGCGGUUGCUGCUUGGCUAUUUUCCAUAGUGCUGACUUGGCGACGAUGCUCGUCAGUGUAGUGAGGGCGAUCCUCACGAUUCAAUUUAUAUUUAUAAAUAUUUUCCAAGUAUAUGAUGUAGGUACCUAUCCUUUAUACAUUGAAACCGAAAAUAAUUCACUAUCGCAUAUUUGUUUUCGCAUUGUACGGAUAAUAUAUAUAAUUGGAAAUCGUACAGUAAAUUAUAUAAACGAGGAUCGACCUAAAUCUCAAACAUAUAUAAUUUACCUUCUUACUGCAAGAUUCCUUUAUCACUGAAUAAGGACUGCAUUAAAAUGCUUAAUACCUGAUUAUGGUAAAGUUAUACAAUAAAAAAAAACAUUAGAGGGGAUUUCUACUAUUCCACAAGCAGUUGUAAGAAAUUGUUAUGUAUAUUAGCAUAAUAUAAUGUAUACAAUAUUUAGUCGCUUGGCCGCUCAAUCUCUUUGUACAUGUCUGUGCAUAGAAUAUUUUAAUAAUUCAAUGUUGCCUGUGGAAUAGUUUCUUAACUAAUUUAAUUUUAUACCUCAUGAAUAAUUCAUGCCCGAAAAUUCUUACCAAUUGGUGUAAGCACGGUUCGUGAAACUAGGCUAUGAAUCUGAAAAUAUAUAAUAUAUUUUAAUAAUUUAUUUUGUAAUGACUAUUUUAUUAUAAAUGUGUAAAUAAGUCGAAAUCGAAUUAAUAAAGCUUUUAUUGUGAUUGUACUAAUGCUCGUGAAAUGCCUACGGCUAGCUUACCAAAGAAUUUUUAAAUUAAUAUUAUUUGUAACGGUUAAGUUUAUUUAUAAAUAAAUAAAUAAUUUCAAAUUAAAUAAGUACUUAUCUUAUAUUCUUAUAUUAAAAGCAAGAAUAUGUGUGUAUCUUGAUUAGAGUCGUUUCUAUGAUAAAAUA